GGACCACCGUCCUCCUCCCCGCUUCCGUCCUCCUCCCCCGCGCCAGGGGGCGCCGCUCGCCGCAGGGCCCCGCGGCGGACCUGCGCCUGCCGGGGAGCGUCCCGGGGACCUCCGCACCCCGCACUCAGACUGUGCCUGACCCGCAGCGCGCCCGCGGACUCUGCUCCGCGACGUCCCCACAACAUCCUCUAAGCCGCCGCAGGACCCUCCUACCUCCGAGGUUCCCCCGGGGACCACCGCCCCGCCUUAGGGGCUGCCCCGAGCGCCGGGUGUCAGAGCCCAGCGCCGCCCCCGGAUCCGCAGCCCGGGACCCGCUCCCUCUCCGCACCCUGGCUGGCUGCCUAGUCGGGACUGCGCACCUGCGCCCUGGGGCGGAGUCCUUCCCCCAGCCCCAGCUUCCCUGCACACAGCCGCGCGGGGCCGGCCUCCUCCCCCUCUGCAUCCCGGACACCUGGCGAGCCUGCGCCCAGAGCCUCCUCCAGCUCGCGUCUGUUCCCCCUGGAGGGCGGGGGCCCAGGCUGGAGCCAGCGCGGUAGAUGGGCACAGACUCCCCCUCCCCCCGGCCCCUCAGGCCGGGGGUGACCUUGCCCCCUGGAGCCCUCACCAUGAAUACCAAGGACACCACGGAGGUUGCUGAGAACAGCCACCACCUAAAGAUCUUUCUGCCCAAGAAGCUGCUGGAGUGUCUUCCUCGCUGCCCGCUGCUGCCUCCAGAGCGGCUACGAUGGAAUACAAAUGAGGAGAUCGCGUCCUACCUGAUCACCUUCGAGAAGCAUGAUGAGUGGCUGUCCUGCGCCCCAAAGACACGGCCUCAGAAUGGCUCCAUCAUCCUCUACAAUCGCAAGAAGGUCAAGUAUCGCAAGGACGGUUACCUGUGGAAGAAACGAAAGGAUGGGAAGACCACCCGAGAGGACCACAUGAAGCUGAAGGUCCAGGGCAUGGAGCCUGUCUCCUGGCAGUGUCUCUAUGGCUGCUACGUUCACUCUUCCAUCGUCCCCACAUUCCAUCGACGUUGCUACUGGCUGCUCCAGAACCCCGACAUCGUCCUUGUGCACUACCUGAACGUCCCGGCCCUGGAGGACUGCGGGAAGGGCUGCAGCCCCAUCUUCUGUUCCAUCAGCAGCGACCGGCGAGAAUGGCUGAAGUGGUCCCGGGAGGAGCUGUUGGGACAGCUGAAGCCCAUGUUUCAUGGCAUCAAGUGGAGCUGUGGGAAUGGAACAGAGGAGUUCUCUGUAGAACAGUUGGUGCAGCAGAUCUUGGAUACCCACCCAACCAAGCCUGCACCCCGAACCCAUGCCUGUCUCUGCAGUGGGGGCCUUGGUUCUGGGAGCCUUACCCACAAAUGCAGCAGCACGAAACACCGCAUCAUCUCUCCCAAAGUGGAACCCCGAGCUUUAACCCUGACCUCCAUCCCCCACCCCCACCCUCCUGAGCCUCCUCCACUGAUAGCUCCACUUCCCCCAGAGCUCCCCAAAGCACAUACCUCCCCAUCUUCAUCUUCCUCCUCUUCCACCUCCUCCUCCUCCUCCUCAGGCUUUGCAGAACCCCUAGAAGUCAGACCCAGCCCUCCCACCUCUAGAGGGGGUUCAUCCAGGGGAGGCACUGCCAUCCUCCUCCUGACGGGACUGGAGCAGCGCGCCGGGGGCUUGACGCCCACCAGGCACUUAGCUUCCCAGGCUGAUCCUAGGCCUCCCGUGAGCUUGGCUGUGGUUGUGGGCUCUGAGCCUACUGCCCCUCCAGAUCCCCCCAGCCCUGCCUUUGAUCCUGAUCGUUUUCUUAACAGCCCCCAGAGGGGCCAGACGUAUGGGGGAGGGCAGGGGGUGAGCCCAGAUUUCCCCGAGGCAGAGGCUGCCCAUACCCCCUGUCCUGCCCUGGAGCCUGCUGCUGCCCUGGAGCCCCAGGCAGCUGCUCGGGGUCCCCCUCCACAGUCAGGAGCUGGUGGAAGAAGAGGAAACUGCUUCUUCAUCCAAGAUGAUGACAGUGGAGAGGAGCUCAAGGGCCAGGGGCCAGCUCCACCUGUACCUUCACCACCUCCUUCAUCCCCACCCUCACCUGCGCCCUUGGAGCCAGCAGGCAGGGGAGCGAGAGGGGAGGCCUUGUUUGGAGGACCUGGCACGGCCAGCGAACUGGAGCCUUUCGGUCUUUCAUCAUUCCCAGACCUUAUGGGAGAACUCAUCAGUGAUGAAGCUCCAAGUGUCCCUGCCCCAGCCCCCCAGCUGUGCCCUGCGCUUAGCACCAUCACAGACUUUUCCCCCGAGUGGUCCUACCCAGAGGGUGGGGUCAAGGUGCUCAUCACGGGUCCCUGGACAGAGGCCGCCGAGCAUUACUCCUGUGUCUUCGACCACAUCGCUGUGCCAGCCUCCCUCGUCCAGCCUGGUGUCUUACGCUGCUACUGUCCUGCCCACGAGGUAGGGCUGGUGUCUUUGCAGGUGGCAGGGCGGGAGGGACCCCUUUCUGCUUCUGUGCUGUUUGAAUACCGAGCCCGCCGAUUCCUGUCUCUGCCUAGUACCCAGCUUGACUGGCUGUCCCUGGAUGACAACCAGUUCCGGAUGUCCAUACUGGAGCGGCUGGAGCAGAUGGAGAAGCGGAUGGCAGAGAUUGCGGCAGCUGGGCAGACACCUUGCCAGGGUCCCGAGGUUCCUACCAUCCAGGAUGAAGGCCAAGGGCCCGGGUUCGAGGCACGUGUGGUGGUCUUGGUAGAGAGUAUGAUCCCACGUUCUACCUGGAGGGGUCCCGAACGUCUGGCCCAUGGAAGCCCCUUCCGGGGCAUGAGCCUUCUGCACCUUGCUGCUGCCCAGGGCUAUGCCCGCCUCAUCGAGACCCUGAGCCAGUGGCGGAGUGUGGAGACUGGGAGCCUAGACUUGGAGCAGGAGGUUGACCCGCUCAAUGUGGAUCAUUUCUCUUGCACCCCUCUGAUGUGGGCCUGCGCCCUGGGCCACCUGGAGGCUGCUGUGCUCCUCUUCCGGUGGAACCGACAAGCACUGAGCAUUCCCGACUCUCUGGGCCGCCUGCCGCUGGCUGUGGCUCACUCCCGUGGCCACGUGCGUCUCGCCCGCUGCCUUGAGGAGCUGCAGAGGCAGGAGGUGUCAGUCGAGCCCCCCCUCUCCCUCUCACCACCUUCCUCGAGCUCAGACACUGGUCUCAGCAGUGUGUCUUCGCCCUCAGAACUGUCAGACGGCACAGUCUCCGUUACAUCGGCCUAUUCUAGUGCCCCAGAUGGCAGUCCUCCCCCUCCUCCUCUGCCAGCCUCUGAGAUUAUGAUGGAGGAGAUGGUCCCAGGCCAGCUCUCCUCUGGUGCCCCAGAGGCCCCCCUCCUCCUCAUGGACUAUGAGGCCACCAACCCCAAGGGGUCCAUGGUCUCCCCGCCUGCCCUCCAGCCAGCCCCAGACGACGGGGCUGCUCCAGAGGACACCGACAGUCUCCGGGCUGUGGAUGUGAUCCCGGUGGACAUGAUCUCACUGGCCAAGCAGAUCAUCGAAGCCACACCAGAGCGGAUCAAACGCGAGGACUUCGUGGGGCUGCCUGAGGCCGGAGCCUCCAAGCGGGAGCGCACAAGGGCUGUAGGGCUCAGCGAGACCAUGUCUUGGCUGGCCAGCUACCUGGAGAAUGUGGACCACUUCCCCAGCUCCGCCCCUCCCAGUGAGCUGCCCUUUGAGAGAGGCCGCCUGGCUGUUCACCCGGCACCUUCCUGGGCAGAAUUUCUGUCAGCCUCGACCAGUGGCAAGAUGGAAAGUGACUUUGCUCUGCUAACGCUGUCGGAUCACGAGCAGCGGGAACUGUACGAGGCAGCCCGGGUCAUCCAGACUGCCUUCCGCAAGUACAAGGGCCGGCGGCUGAAGGAGCAGCAGGAGGUGGCGGCCGCGGUGAUCCAGCGCUGUUACCGCAAGUACAAGCAGUUCGCGCUCUAUAAGAAGAUGACCCAGGCGGCCAUCCUGAUCCAGAGCAAGUUCCGCAGCUACUGUGAGCAGAAGCGGUUCCAGCAGAGCCGCCGGGCGGCCGUGCUCAUCCAGCAGCAUUACCGCUCCUACCGCCGCCGGCCCGGGCCGCCCCACCGGCCACCGGGCGCCAGGGGCUCCUUUCUCACCAAGAAGCAGGACCAGGCAGCCCGGAAGAUCAUGAGGUUCCUGCGGCGCUGCCGACACAGGAUGAGGGAACUGAAGCAGAACCAGGAGCUGGAAGGGCUCCCCCAGCCGGGACUGGCCACCUGACGUCGCCCUUCUCAG